AUGUCCUCCUCCACGGCCUCCGGCUUCCUGGGCCGGUCAAGUAGCAACAACUCGAACAUGCGCGGGCUCGUGCAAUUUAUCGCAGAUUUGAGGAAUGCGAGAGCCCGUGAGCUUGAGGAAAAGCGCAUCAACAAGGAACUGGCCAAUAUCCGGCAAAAGUUCAAAGCAGAUGGAAACCUGAGCGGGUACCACAAGAAGAAAUAUGUUUGCAAGCUCUUAUAUAUAUACAUCCUCGGUUGGAAUGUUGACUUUGGCCAUCUCGAGGCAGUCAACCUCAUCUCAGCCAACAAGUACUCCGAGAAGCAGAUCGGGUACCUCGCCAUGACCCUCUUCCUCCACGAGAAGCACGAGCUGCUUCACCUGGUCGUCAACAGCAUCAGGAAGGACCUACUUGACCACAACGAACUAUUCAACUGCCUGGCCCUGCACGCGAUAGCCAAUGUUGGUGGAAGGGAGAUGGGAGAGGCUUUGAGCGGCGAGGUACAUCGGCUGUUGAUAUCACCGUACGAUUCACCACUGCCCGUAUUUGUGACCGGAGCUGACGGCAGGCGCAGGACAUCUAAAUCAUUUGUCAAGAAAAAGGCCGCACUUACUCUUCUCCGACUGUACAGGAAAUACCCCGAUAUCAUCCAACCGCAGUGGGCUGAGCGAAUCAUCUCUCUGAUGGACGACUUGGAUCUAGGGGUUGCGUUGUCCGUCACGUCUCUUGUCAUGGCGUUGGCGCAAGACAACCUGGACCAGUACAGAGGAGCCUACGCGAAGGCUGCUGCCCGGUUGAAGAGAAUAGUGGUUGACGGAGACUACGCUGCCGACUACCUUUACUACAAGGUGCCUUGUCCUUGGAUCCAGGUGAAGCUUCUCAGGCUGCUUCAGUACUUCCCACCUUCAGAUGAUAGCCAUGUGCGGGAAAUGAUCAGAAUGUCUUGCCAGAAGAUCUUGGAUCUGGCGCUGGAGACCAACAAAAAUGUCCAGCAAAACAACGCGCAGAACGCGGUCUUGUUUGAAGCCAUCGACCUGGUCAUCCACUUAGAAACCGAACAAGCCCUGAUGCGGCAAAUAUCCCAAAGGCUUGGUAAAUUCAUUCAGUCGAGGGAGACUAAUGUUCGGUACCUCGGUCUAGAGGCAAUGACGCAUCUUGCAGCACGAGCAGACACAUUAGACCCCAUCAAGCAGCACCAGGACAUCAUUAUUGGUUCGCUCAAGGAUCGAGACAUCAGUGUCCGGCGGAAGGGGCUCGACCUGCUUUACAGCAUGUGCGAUGCUUCCAACGCACAACCGAUUGUUGCAGAGCUGCUACACUAUCUGCAGAACGCCGACUUUGCCAUCCGGGAAGAAAUGGUACUCAAAAUCGCUAUUUUGACAGAAAAGUAUGCAACAGAUGUGCAGUGGUAUGUCGACAUCUCGCUGAGACUGAUUGCCAUGGCUGGUGAUCAUGUCAGCGACGAAGUAUGGCAGCGUGUCAUCCAGAUCGUUACAAACAACGAGGAACUGCAAGUCUAUGCGGCAAAGAACGCCUUGCAAUACAUCAAGCAAGAUCACUGUCACGAGACGCUCGUCAAGAUAGGGGCAUACAUCCUAGGGGAAUUCGGGCAUCUCAUUGCCGAGGACAAGGGCUGCAGCCCUAUCGAGCAGUUCUUAGGACUGCAUGGCAAGUUGCCCGCCUGCUCUUCUAGCACACGCGCCAUGAUAUUGUCCUGUUUCGUCAAAUACGUCAAUCUCUUCCCCGAGAUCAAACCUCAACUUCUCCACGUCUUCGAUAUCUACAGCCAUACGCUCGACUCGGAACUCCAGCAGCGAGCAUGCGAGUAUCUCACUCUAGCCACCCUCCCAACGGACGACCUCCUGCGAACUGUCUGCGAUGAGAUGCCUCCGUUCCCAGAGAGGCAGUCAGCUCUUCUGUCUCGCCUGCACCAGAAGCAUGCGAAUACUAGUGAUAAGCGCACCUGGGUUGUUGGCGGGAAGAGCGCAAAUUCUGACGCCCAGGAGCUUAACAUGGCUAAGAACCCAGGGCUCAAGAGGACUUUCAGCACGCAGUCUCAAGCUAACGGCAACGGACUUACCAACGGAACGAAUGGCACCAACGGCCACAAGGCCGCCAGUGACCUUGCUGGGCUUGACAUGGCGAAUCUUGGCUCCGCGGAACCCAAGACGAAACCACCAAAUCUGGCCAGUGCGGCUCACUUGUCGCCCGGAUGGGAGAAGGGCUUCAACCGGUUGCUGCUUAAAGCCGACGGCAUCUUGUUCGAAGACGGCCAGAUCCAGAUCGGCGUUCGAUCCGAGUACCGAGGCCAGAUGGCUUGUCUCAUAAUGUACUUCAUGAACAAGACCCCUACAAUCAUGAGCUCAUUUACCACGACUUUAGACCUGGACGAGAGCGACAAGGGCAACUUGACAUGGGACAUCAAGGGCCUUCCCGAUACCACCAUCACCCAAGGCAAUCAGUGUCAACAGGUCAUCAUGUUUGAGGCGAAGAGGAUGUUCUCGAAGAGCCCCACCAUGCGGAUCAGUUACCUCGCCGGAGCGCUACAGGCUCUGACCUUGAAGCUGCCUGUCACCCCUCACAAAUUCAUGGACCCUGCAGAGCUUACCGGAGAAGACUUCUUCAAGAGGUGGAAGCAGAUCGGUGGGGCUCCAAGGGAGGCCCAGAAGAUUGUCGGAUUGGCUCCUGGCAGCCGCGACAGAGAGAUGACUGAAGGCUCGGUGCGCUCGGUCGUGUCUGGCUUCAGGUGGGGUAUCCUUGAGGGUGUCGACCCUAAUAGGAAGAAUUUUGUCGGCGCGAGUGUGCUGCAUACAUCGGAAGGCGGCAAGUUUGGGUGUCUGAUGAGGCUGGAGCCCAAUUACAGCACACAGAUGGUCCGUCUCACAAUCCGAGCUACCGAUGAGAGUGUACCCCAGGUGAUGUUGAAAAUGAUGGAGGAGAGGAUUGCGGCCGGAGUCUCGACUCUACCGGAGUCGCAUCUCGGACCAACGCCAAGAGAAAUAUCUGAUUCGUUUUCUAACAUCAUGGUGCUGGAAUGA